GCGGGCCCGCAGGGAGUCGCUUUGGGGAAGAGUUUACAGUACACCGACGUCGCACAGCCUGCAGGUUCAUUCUUGUUAACUCAGCCCAGCAUGUGACUGCCGAUAAGUCAUAUCACAACAACUCCCAUCACUUCGCUCCAUCUCUUCCUGUAUGGCUGUGUUUUCUCUGCUCGCGUCCAAAGGGAGUGAAGCUCGCUGAAGGUUGCGCUGAAAACCUUUGGAGAUGUUCUGGUUCACGCAGGGGCUUUGCUUCCUGCCCGCGUUUCUGGUCGUCUGGUCCUCCUGCACUUUCAUCGUCUCCUAUAUUAUUGCGCUCUUUAGACGCGAUGUGGAUAUUAUAUUCCCCUAUAUAAGUGAUACGGGUGCAAAUCCACCUGAGAGCUGCAUUUUUGGCCUUAUGACCUUCAUUUCUUCAUGUGCAGGAACUGCCACCAUUUACGCCAGAUAUAAAUAUGUGGAGAAGCUGAUCGAGCAGAAUGGCCUGGUCAAACCGCGCCUGAAUCAAGCCGCGCUCGUGUUUGGGUUUGCCGCCUGUUUUGGGAUGUGCGUCGUUGCUACUUUCCAGGAAACAGCAGUGACGAUAGUCCAUGAUAUCGGGGCGCUUGUGUUUUUCGUCUGUGGAGUUGUUUACAUAAUCCUGCAGUCUGUAAUAUCUUUCCAAGCGUCUCCUUAUGGGUCGUCCACCUGUGUGUGUUGGAUCCGUUUGUCCAUCGCAAUAGUUGCUGCAGUUGCAUUUUUUCCCACUGUGGUGUGUGCGUCUUUCGUUAAACAAACCACCCUCCACUGGGACACACAUGACAAAGAUUAUUCGUACCAUGUCGCCAGCGCCGUGUGCGAGUGGGUCGUUGCCUUCAGCUUCGUCUGCUUCUUCCUCACAUACAUUAACGAUUUCAAAAUGUUUAAGUUGCAAGUGAGGACAGAAUAUGAGGACUAGACGAUCGCCGACGUCAUUUCAACGAAUUUGUGUACUAAAUGCAAUUUUUUUGCACUGGAGCUUUUUAUACAAUCAUAUAUUUUUGCUACUUGAAUUGUUUCACAUAAUAUUUUCCUAUACCUGAUCAUUACCAGUGUAUUUUUUUUUUUUUUACCUUUUUAUACAAUCAUUUUAUACACGUAUUAACUUUUUCCUGUUUAAGCACCACUUUGCACUUUGACUGUUGCCACAGCAUCGUGACACAUCCUGUGAGACCAGUGGCCACUAAUAAGAGAAGUUCAUCACACAUUUCACAUGUGACACAUGCAGCGCUUGAGGGAAAACGAAAAAACCAUGAAAAAUGAAUCGAGGUUCUUAUAUUUUGUGCUUCCUUUGUAUGUACUGUACGACUGUGUUCAAGUUGUUUUUUAAAAUAAGUUAAACUUUUGUUGCAGUAGCAGGAGAAAGUUUAGACGAGUAUUUAGUUGUAUCUAUCCUGUCUUACUUGUUUUUACCAUUUUAAAAAGCAGCCAAGCGUGUGACGUCAAAUAUAUACCCUAAGGAAACAGGAAGUCAUGAAUAGGCUUAUUGAAACUGUAGAUACUUUGAUCCACUAAAAAGGUAGAACAGACAAAAAUGUUUAAUCUCUUGUUAAACAUUUUUGUUAAGGAGGAAACAAUUGUGCCAAUUUUUUUUUUGGUGGUAAAACAAUUUCUUAACACUGGAUAAAAUUUGUUUAGUGUUGAGAAUUUUUCAAUGCUUAUGCUCAUUGGAUUUUUCUCAAUUUUUCAGUGUGAGAUUACACUACUGCAACCAAAGGUUAAUUUAUUUUAAGCUUUUUAUGCAUCGAAGAUCGCUGACGGCAGAGUAACCUGACGUAUACUGUACGUAAAAAGACAAUCAUAAUCUCCUGAAUUUAGCUCACCAAGAAGAGACUGAAAACUUACUGUGACACAAAGUAAUAAAAAAAGUACGGUAUGGAAUAUUUUUUAAAAAUAAAGUGCCUUUCUUACAGCGACAAUAAGAAGUGAGACAUGUCCAGUCUGCAUAUAAACUCGUCCAGUUUUUGUACUUAAUGUUUAUUUUUCUUCAAACUUUGAUUAUAAAUCAUCCUACACAGUAUUCCAGUUUAUGUGGACAAAACUCACCUUCACUACAAAUGUUUUUACAAGUGAAAAUGUAACUGUAUCCAGCAAACUACUGCCGUACUUUUGACGAACUGUACUGUAAAGAUUAUUUUAAACAUUUCAAAAAUAAACUGCACGUUUUGUAUCAA